CUGCAGGCAGCCGAGGUGACCAACGUCCAGCUCCAAGCCCUGCCACAACCCUUGGAGGUCACCAAUAUCCAGCUCCAAGCUGCUGAGGUGACAAAUGUCCAGCUCCAAGCCCUGCCACAACCCUUGGAGGUCACCAAUAUCCAGCUCCAAGCUGCUGAGGUGACAAAUGUCCAGCUCCAAGCCCUGCCACAACCCUCCAAGGUGACCAACAUCCAGCUCCAGGCCAGUGAGGUGACCAACGUCCAGCUGCAAGCCCUGCCGCAGCCCUUGGAUGUCACCAACAUCCAUCUCCAAGCUGCCGAGGUGACAAAUGUCCAGCUACAAGCCCUGCCACAACCCUUGGAGGUCACCAACAUCCAGCUCCAAGCCAGUGAGGUGACAAAUGUCCAGCUGCAAGCCCUGCCACAGCCUUCCAAGGUGGCCAACAUCCAGCUCCAGGCUCUGCCACAAUCCUCGGACAUCACCAACAUCCAACUGCAGGCCACUGAGGUGACAAAUGUCCAGCUGCAAGCCCUGCCACAGCCCUCUGAGAUCACCAACAUCCAGCUCCAAGCCCUGCAGCAGCCUUCAGAAGUGCCCAGCGUCCAUCUCCAGGCCACAGAGGUGACAGAUGUCCAUCUCCAGGCCACGGAGGUGCCCAACGUCCAGCUGCAGUCCACAGAGGUGACAAAUGUCCGUCUCCAAACCAAGGUACCUGACAUCCAUCUCCAAGCCACAGAGGUGUCCAACGUCCAUCUCCAAACCACUGAGGUCCCCAGUGUCCAUCUCCAAACCACGGAGGUCCCCAGUGUCCAUCUCGAGGCCACAGAGGUGCCUGACAUCCAUUUCCAGGCCACAGAGGUGCCCAGCAUCCAGCUCCAGGCCACAGAGGUGCCUGAUGUCCAGCUCCAGGCCAUGGAGGUGCCCAACGUCCAGCUGCAGACCACAGAGGUGCCCAAUGUCCAUCUCAAAACCACUGAAGUGCCCGAUGUCCAUCUCGAAAGCACUGAGGUGCCCAACAUCCAUCUCCAAGCCACAGAGGUGCCCAGCGUCCAUCUCGAGACCACAAAGGUGCCCAGCAUCCAUCCCCAAACCACGGAGGUGACAAAUGUCCAUCUCCAGGCCGCAGAGGUGCCUAGUGUCCAUCUCCAGUCCACUGAGGUACCCAAUGUGCGUCACCAAACCACUGAGGUGCCCAAUGUCCAUCUCCAGACCACGGAGAUGACCAAUGUCCAUCUCCAAGGCACCAAGAUGUCCAGUGUCCAUCACCAAAUGAUGGAGGUGCCCAACAUCCAUCUCAAGAUCGCGGAGGUGCCCAACAUCCAAUUGAAGACGAUGGAGGUGACAAAUGUCCAUCUCCAGGCCACUGAGAUGCGCAACUCCUGUCACCAAAUGAUGGAGGUGCCCAGCGUCCAACUCAAGACCACGGAGGUGCCUAAUGUCCAACUGAAAACCUUAGAUGAGGUGCCCAGCAUCCAACUCAAGGCCAUGGAGGUGCCCAACAUCCACCUCAAGACCGUGGAGGAGGUGCCCAACAUCCAUCUCAAGACCGUGGAGGUGCCCAGCGUCCAACUCAAGACCAUGGAGGUGCCCGAUAUCCAACUCAAGACCGUCGAG